AACGUUCCAACCUUACUUGUACUUACCACUAGUACUUUUUUCGACCAUGGCAUCCGUUUUCAGUCUUCCUGAACCACUCCAGAGGUUCCUCAGCAAGUUCCCCCUGCACAGUUACCCGCCAAUUCCAGUCAUCUCGGGACGUCCCUUGCAAAAUCCUACGCUAUGGAUUGCACCUCCUCGAACUACGACAGUCGACCAAACCACUGACUCCAAUAUCCUGAGCGCAGAUGUCGAGUGUCUGAAAUGGCAGGCAUAUCUCGCUUUGCGUAAGGCCACGAACAUCGCUAUCCGGUGGGACAUCUCUCCAGAAGGUGGAAUCGAUGGUCGCUUGCCUUGCCUACACACUCCUACGUUCUGGGAUAAUAAAAAUGAGCUGUUGGCACCACGUCAUAUCCCUGGCUGGGUGGAUGGGCUAUUUGGCGGUGGGAACGAUCCUCUCAAUGGUUACAAGGAUGAAACUCUGAAAGACGAAAGCCACGCGUGGGUCUCCUUGCUCGAGGGAGUAGUGCAUGCUGCCUUGACUCUAUCAGAACAUCCACAACCUCUUUUUUCUCAACUCUUCCGGACAGCUACCGCUGGGGGAAGAGCCUUAGCAGCCACUCUCAGCCCACCACCUGCUCCUCUGACUGGUUUGAGCUCGAUACUGCCAUCGUAUGGAACGAACAUUUCACUCUCAUCCAUUCAAGGACAGUAUGCGGAGGCCAUCGCUUCACUUUCGGAACGGCUUGGAACUGACACAUGGUUCCUUGGCUCAGAAAAUCCCACUGCCUUGGAUGCACUUGCAUUCGCGUAUCUACACUGUCUUUUGUAUAGUACGGAUAGCACGAGGAUCGAGGUCACUCGACGCGUAAACCUUGUUGCCUGGGAGCAAAGAGUACGGACACAAGUAGAGACAGCAUUUACAGUGGCCUAGUGAUCUGAUAUUGUCGUGGAUAGUAAUGUAUUUAAGUAUUUGUUACUACCAGCAUUCGACCUCCAGGACAAUCAGAUAUCGAAAAGGUGGUUAUAAUUUAACCUUUCCAUUGACGACCUUGUGGCCGUCGGGUUUUACUUGAAAUCUUUUAGUAAGUGCAGUUAUCAUCUUGGUGAACCUGAUGAUCAGAUUUAUCGGCAUAAAUUA